AUGAUUCUGGCCAAACGCCUCAAUGUGCUACUGGAUGAAUUCCCAGAGGAAAGGAGCCAAAAAAACAUCUAUGAUCUGUGUUACUGUGCAUUCCUGUUUCCAUCGAGUGUGCUCAUCGUCCUGCUUUAUCUGGGCGUUCAAAGCACUGAGAGGGAUGUGAAACCUGGUGCCCUUGCUAAUAUCUCCAAGUAUUUUGUUGACAAUGUCCAGCCAAAAACCAAAAUGCAAAUAGAUGCUCAGUAUGCAAUAGCAAUCUCUGUUCAACGUGCUCAGUGUACAGACGUACAUGCUGAUAUCCAGAAUGUGUUCAGCAAUAAAGAUGCAAAACAUGUAAAAGAUGAGCUCAGUAAAGGACAGAAAUGUUUACUCUGCACAGACUCACGCAACGUCAUUGCUGCAAGGCCAAAUCGUACCACAAAGGAACAUUCUGAGCAUGUUCUGCUCUAUCCUUUAGGUGAAUCUCCCAUGGACAAACUUCUAGAGCAGGCAGAUCAGAAUAGCUGUGUAGUUUUCUAUUCUUACAACUCACCUUGUGUGAAAAAAUGCAUUCGUGGGGAAGACAAUAUUUUGAAUGGUCUUUCAAACUGGAUAAACACAAGAAAAAAUGGAAUGAAUGCAUUUGUCUUCAACGAGAUCUGGCAGAAGGACAAAAAGAAGAAUCUGGCAGAAGAAUUUCUAAAGAUUAAUGCGGUAGUGCCUCUUUAUCGGUGUAAGAUAACCAGUGAUGGAAUGGAAUGUUGGAAAUGUGUGGAAAAUAACAAUGUGGAUACUUUCUGUCUGCUUGAAAAUAAAUAAGCAAUUUUCCUUUUCUAGAAAAUGCUUAUGUCAGUGAUCAAAGGGCUAUUGGAGCGCCACCGAUGGCUGACCCUGACCGAGAUCAAGGACGCUGACAAGGUGCCAUUCCUAGACGCCUCGGUCUCUCCCAACGGUCUGUUCGGGCCAGCGGUCGAGGGCUUCCCUGAGCGCUUCACUGAAGCACAGAAGUCAUCCCAAGCCAUGCGACACUUCCUACCCAAGCAUUCCAGCUCUGCAGCUGCCUUGAGUCGCCCCAAGUCUGCACCGACUCAGCAGCCCGCGAAGCCUGCACCUGCGGCGGCCGCUGCCACCCAGAAAGCCUGA